UAGCUCAAUCAUACAUAAAUAGCAAAACAUUCUCCAUAUAUAUAAACAUCAACCUUUUAAAAUCAAAAAAUCCUUCAUCAUAUUCUCAAAACCCAAAAGAGUAUUAAAAAUAUAAUUAGUUUUCAAUAUGCCUCAUAGCAUAGAAAACUCUUCAUACCUAAGAUCAAAUGAUUGUCUUCAACCAAAAAAAAAUACAUCUUUUCCAUUACAACUUCCUAAUAAAUGGAUGAUAAACCAAACCAUAAAAAUACCCUUAAUCAAAAACAUUAGAGACCCAAAUAAAUUCCCACCAAAUACUACUAAAUCAUGUAUAGGAUGGGUCUUAACACUUGUUCAAGAGUGUGCAAAAGCAAUCUCUCAAAGAAACCCUAGUAAGACCCAACAACUUCUUUGGGUGUUAAACGAGGUCGUUUCACCUUAUGGAGAUUGUGAUCAAAGAGUAGCAUAUUACUUCUUAAAAACCUUAUUUGCAAAAGCCAAUUCCUUAGGACAUCAAUCCUAUGAAACCCUAAAAUUUGUGGAGGAGAAAAACUAUUGCUUUGAUACAUAUGUGAAGCUUUUGUUGAAGUUUCAAGAGGUUAGUCCUUGGAUAAGUUUUGGUCAUGUAGCAUCAAAUGGUGCAAUAUUGGAAGCUUUAGAAGGGGAGAACAAUUUGCAUAUAAUUGACUUAAGCAAUACCCUUUGUACCCAAUGGCCUAUGUUACUUGAAGCUUUAGCUACAAGAAAUGAUGAUACACCCCAUUUAAGCCUUACCCUAGUUGUAUCUAGUAACUUAGAAUUAGUAAUUACCAAAGAAAUUACAAAAAAGAUGGAGAAAUUUGCUAGGUUAAUGGGUGUACCCUUCAAAUUUAAUGUAAUUGGUGGGUUAGAUCACUUAGAUGAGAUCAAAAAAGAGGAUUUAGGAAUACAAGAUGGUGAAGCAAUUGUUGUGAAUUGUAUUCAAGCCUUACAAAGGGUUCAAGAGGAAAAAAGAUCGGUUGUAAUUGACACGAUUCGAUCUCUUAACCCGAGUAUUGUAACAAUUGUAGAGGAAGAAAUUGAUCUUACCAACACAAAAAAUGAUUUUCUUAUGUGUUUUGAAGAGUGCUUUAGGUUCUAUAAGUUGUACUUUGAGAUGCUAGAAGAAAGCUUUCUUCCAAUUAGUAAUGAAAGACUAAAGCUUGAGAGAUUAAGAUCAAGACAAAUAGUUAAGAUUUUAGCUUGUGAUAUUGAUAGUGGGGAGGAAUAUUGGAGACCAAACAAAGCAAGCCAAUGGACUAAAAAGCUUAAAGAAGCUUUUAGUCCUUUCCAUUUCAAUGAAGAAAUUAUUGGUGAUGUUCAAGCAUUAUUAAGAAGGUAUAAUACUAGUUGGGAUUUAGCUUUGCCACAAAGAAAUGAUCAAGUGGGAAUACACUUAAAAUGGAAAGAUGAAAAUGUUGUUUGGGCUUCAUCAUGGAAACCUAAUCCUUCUUCACCUCAAAUUUUAUCUUAGGGUUGGAAACUUGCAUGAUUCUACACUAUAAUAUAAUCCAUCUUCCUCUAUUUAUAAUUCAUCAUCAUCAUAUCUAGUGUAUCUUUAUCCCGCUCAUAGAAAAAUCCUCUAUUUAUAAUUGUCUUAGUAAAUAGCUUGUCCUAAGGUGCUUGAAUUGGUACUUGUGUUAUAAAUUAUUGCUCUUUUUCUCUUUGGAAUAGUUUGAUAUUCUUAAUGUUCUUUUAU